AUGCCUGGCGCUGGCGGCGACCGACUCUCGGACCUCCCCGAUGACCUUCUACACCACAUCAUGUACUUCCUGCCGGCAAAGGACGGCGCCUCCACCUGCGUGCUCGGGCAGCGGUGGCGCUCGCUGUGGCGCGCAUCCGGCGCCGUCAACCUCGACUCACGCUCUUACGACCAUCUCGACCGACACGAGAAGCGCCGCGUUAUUAUGCGUGACGCCAAAGAAGCUCUCGCCGCCGCUAGCCCCAACGUAACCAAACUCACGUUCAGGUACAUGGAAGGAGAGGACGACCACCCCAGUGCCUACCUGUCACCAUCUUUCAGAGACGCCGUGUUCGAAGCAAAGCUGGGCAUGGCCCAAGGACUCGAGGCGCUGCUGUCCGGCCAGGCGGCCCGCCACCUAGAGGAGCUCCACAUCGGGCUCUUCUACGGCCCGUGCUCGGACACACCCUGGUCCAAGUUUCUCUACCCUCUCAGCAUAGGCGUCCUGUCGUCGUCAACGUCCCUCCGCGUGCUGCACCUCAGCAAGUGCGUGGACUACGACCAGGCGGUCCGUAGUCAAUUCCCUCGGCUCGUGGAGCUGCGGCUGCACCUGUGCAGCGUCUCGCUCGGCCUACUCCAAGGCGUGAUCGACGCCGCGCCGCUGCUCGCCACCCUGCACCUAGACAAAUCCGAGCUCUUUUUAGGGGACCCUCGUCUGAAGCGUUCGCUGGUCAUGCGCUGCCCCAGGAUCACCACCCUCACUCUCGCAAAUUUCGACUGCUGGGUUGAUAAUCGUGAAAACACCAUGGAGCUCGAUGCUCCGCUGCUGCGGCACUUCACGUAUGAGGGGCCCCUCCGGCCAUCGUCGCUCAAGUCACCGCAGCCAUCGGACAUGACACGGGUGGACCUGCGCCUGCAUUUUUUUGCGGAGGUUGUUACUACAGAUGACGAGGCAUGCCAUAAAUUCGUUCAAGCCUUCAGCAACGCAAAGAUAGUCAAGGUUAACUUCAUUUUAUUUUCAAAAAAGAAUCAAACCAACAAUACCGCAGUCAGAACGAGCAACCAACAAGAUUAUGAGCUUUACUUCAACUACCGCAUCACAAGGAUUCAGGAUGCAAGUGGCGUGGGACUGUCCGCUAGGCCGCCUGGCCGCCACGCCAAAAGAUCCCGCUUAACAAGUUGCGGUCACCUGCAAAGCUGA